CUUAAUUUCACAAGGAUGACAGACGGCUGCCGUCGCACAGUCAUGAUGAAAACGGGUGCCACCAAGUUGGGGAUGCCCAAGGCGGGACUCCAGGAGCGGGCGAAGCAGGCUUCUCCAGCUCCCUCUUCUUCAUACUCCACUAGCGCCUCCACAGGCAUGAGGACUUCCAGAUCGUCCAGUACGCUGGCCUCAGACCAGCGCCUCAGCCGGCUGAAACGCGCCAACAGUGAUGACGCGCUGACUAAGCCCGCGCUGGCAGCCGCUGCUUCUGGCUUACGCAUGAAGAAGACCGUGACCGCUGGAGCUAUCUCAGAUCUUGCUGAGGCCCGGCCCCGUAGUCUCGCUGGUUGUCACGGAACUAAGAAAUCUGGCAUCCCGGCCCCAAGAGAAAUCCCAUCUUCAAUAACAAGGGACCGCAUCUCCUUGAGGGACCAGUUGAGGAGCUCAUCCUCUAAAAGGAUUGUUUCAAGUGCCAGCACUUCCAGUCUCUCUACCCUGGCAAAGCAAACACGAAGUUCAACUAAAUGUCGUGGAGAAGCAGAAGGCCAGGAAAGGGGCCUCCUGGAAUGUCAGGUUAAAGAGCUGUUAGCUGAAGCCAAGGCUAAAGACUUGGAGAUCAGCAAUCUCCGCAUGGAGUUGCAACGUUGCAGAGGUAAAGCCUCCACUUCUUCCCCAUUACCAUCACCUGUUUCAGCAUCACCUCAAGCUCUGUCUGCAGAACAGACAGAAGAGGGAAAGCUCCCUGAGGCUCUUGUGGUCGUUCAGGAGCUGAGGGAAAAGAAUGCAAAGUUUCAGAGAGAGCUUGCAAACCUCAGAGAAGAGAACCAAGUGCUAAAGAGAAGACUUCUUUCUUUUGAGACCUUACCAUUGUCUGGUAGCCCUCCUAAACCUCGGAAUGGCCUACUGUUAGAGACCGGCCCAACGGCCGGCCUCAUUACAAAGUCUGUCUCCUCCAGCUUUGUCAAGGAGUCACCUUCAUCUGACUCAUCAGAGUUUGAAAAGAUCCCGCGUUCAGAAUCCAUAAGCAGCAAUGUCAGUAGUGAAGCCACUGCGGGUGGGCAUGAUGUGUCUGUACGGAGCCUAACGGAACAGAUCCACAAAAUGGAGGAAAACCACCACAGCACUGCCGAGGAGCUACAGGCCACUCUGCAGGAGCUUUCUGACCAGCAGCAAGUGGUGCAAGAACUGACGACUGAGAAUGAGCGUCUGGCUGAAGAGAAGCGCCUUCUCCAGACCUCACUCCAGCAGCAGAGAGAAUGUUUAGAGCUGCUCUCCCAGAAGAAUGAGGCAUUGGUUAGCCGACUUCAGGAGCAGACCCAGGCUCAGGCCCAGAGGGAGGAUGAGUUCAGGAGCCAAGGUCCUCGACUUGUUGAACUAGAGCAAAGGUACACUGAGCUAGUUGAGAGCUCACGCUUUGAACGGGAGAAGCUGGUUAACAUCCAGCAGCAGUUAACAAGCAGCCUACGAGCUCUCGAGGAGGAGCACCAGGACGCCCAGAGCCAGGUGCGUGGCCUCCGAGAAGAGAUGGAUAGGCUGCAUGGCCAACUGAACCGGGAGCUGGAAGCCAGGGGUGAAGCCGCACAGUCAGCAGAAGAGCAGAGAGCUACAGUUGACUGUCUCAGAGUGGAAAAUAGUAGGCUGAAGGCACAGGUGGACAUUGAGAGGCAAAAGGUGUGUGAGCUGAAGGCCAUGCAGAGUGCCAGCGAUAGUACUGAGCUGCAGAGCCUCCUCAAGACAGCCCACGCUGAGAGAGACCGACUUGAGCAGGAGUUGACAGAACUGAGGCAGGACCUGCUGCAGGCCCAAGAUGAGACUGAGCACGUACAAGCCAGCAUGUCCGAGGUGGAGGCCAAAGGCCAGCAGGUCCAGGAAAGAGCGGAGAUGAGGGAGGAGGAGCUCACCAGACGGGUGAGCGCCUUGGAAGAGGCGGGCAUCCUGGCCGAGAAACAAGUGAAGGACAUGAAGGAGACCAUCUUUGAACUGGAGGACCAAGUGGAGCAGCAGCGGGCCAUCAACCUCCAUACGAAUCAAGCAGUCCUCGACUUGGAGAAUUUUGUUAAAAACAUAGAAGAGCAGAAAUUUGAAGCAGAACGACAACUGAAGGUUUUUAGUAGGCAGGUGAAGGAGGAAAAAGAUGAGUGGCGUCGGUUUCAGGCCGAUCUCCAGACGGCAGUGGUGGUCGCCAAUGACAUCAAGGUGGAAGCGCAACAGGAGCUGCGUACACUCAGACGGCAGCUGCAGGAGGAGCAGGAUCGCAAUGCCGAGCUUUCCUUAGACCUGGAGGCCCUGCGAGGUGUCAGGUCUCAAGGUGAUGAUUUAGACAAGUCCGCUCGUGACGGCAGUCGUAAGUGGGGCGCUGUGAUCCCAGGCCCGCCUACUGACGCCAACGGUGAUGCCAGUAAGGCGCCCGGAGCUACCGCCAAGUCCCUCGUUAAGUCACCCGAAAGGCUUACCGGUGGACAGAAUGGACCAGGCCUCACAGUUCAAAUCCACAGCUCACCGAGAAGUCUGCUCAGCGGAAUCCCGAUGCGCACAGCACCUGCCGCCGCGGUCUCGCCGAUCCAGAUUCCCCAGGAAGGUUUUCAGGUUGUGGGGAAGAUGCAAAACCUAACAUCCUGAUGAGGAAGAGUCCAUCCCUGGAGUCUAUAUUCAAAAGUCCCGCUUCCCUGAGAAGCCGCACGUCGUCUUUUAGCUGCAACCAGGCCAACAGCAUGUUCAGGUGGGCCACGGUUCUUGUCUAGUACAGUAUUUCUGGCAGGCAGCUGCACAGCAAAACACGCAUUGUGGUCUACAGGUGCACCUGCAGUACAUGAUGAUUUUCUACAAGAUUUUAGGUUAUAGUCUCCUCCAUUUAAAGUAUGAUGUCACAGAAAUUAGACCUGAGAGAGGGCCUGCUGGCUCACUAUCUCUCUUCUACUUCAUCCCAAGGAUGUGUGAUGGGGUUGGGGUCAGGGUCCUGUGCAAUAUAGUCCAUGCCAGACUCUUUCAUGAUGGAAUUGAAAAGGGCCUUCCCCAAGCGGUUUCCGCAAACUUGAAAGCAUGCAAAAGGUCUCGUUAAAACGAGGAAUUGAGAUUCGUGGGGAACUAAGGUGUCUAGUUCAACUCCUCAUUUAUCAAUUAAGAAGAGUAAAUGGAUAAUUUGGUCUUUAUAGGUUGUAUUUCCGUUAGUUGGAGGUAAAAUGCACAAAAUGUCGACACAAAUCGUAGAAACAACAUAAAAAAAUGUUGACUUGUUGCUUCGUGAAUCAUUGUUGUGUAUGUACUUUGUAAAGUGGAUUUAAUGUUUGUUUAUUAGAGAGGCACCACAACUAAUUCAAUUGACACUGGCAGCUGUCCUUUUCGCAAGCUCAGACAGUCCCCUCAUAAACGUUCAGAGCUGUCCUUUUGUUUUUGCUGGAUGCGCAACUGCACCUGGUAACAUUGAAGGUGGAUGACCGGCUGUUGACUUUGUCUAUGCAAAUAGACAUUGAAAUCUAAUUAGUAUUAGUGUUUGAGUUUUGAAAAGCCCUCUGUGGAAGACUUCUACUUUGGCAUCCCUCAGGGUCGACACACGCUCAGUUCCACAAUCGUACUGUUGCCGUUGAUGAACCCGCCUGAGCGGUGUCAUGUUAAAUAUCAUACAUGUCAAAUUCAUUUUCAGCAAGAUUCAAACUCCCACUUGUGCUUUCACUUGGAUAAUGUUGUUGUUGUAGUUCCUUAUUUGAGACUUUCCAAACAGCAGUGUGUUAUUACUGUUUUUAGUCUGGUGCUUGGGCGAUUAUGCAACUCAUACUGUUCACCGGUGAUGAAUGCGUGCACGUGGAGCUCUGCAAAAUUUGCAAUGCUAAGCGGCGCCUCAAAGGGAGAACUAAUGAAUUUAACAGCCAAGUGGCAGUGACGUGUUUACCACUUUGAGAGCAAUGACCGGACGUCUUGGUCUUCCCAUGGCCCCAGCUACAACACAAACACCACCGAGAUGACCUUGGGAACAAGAUUCGUGUCGUCUAAAGCACAGUUCAUGUACUGUGUGUGUGUGUGUGUUUGGAAUCAUUGUUUCAUGUUAUUUGUUAAUUUUUCUGCCGUUGCCACAGCAGAGACCAAUACACUGUCGGCGAGUAUUAACUGUAUGAUCAAUAGACUUAUCGCUUCUCACACCAUCUGUCCCUUUCUCACUGUGUUGUGUACUUGUGGUUUGUGUUUCCCUCGUGACGGUGUGGAAAGUACGGACCCCUUGGCUGCACUCGCGCGGGAGUAUGGGGGAUCUAAGAGGAAUG